AUUUUAAAUUGUACGGUUAGAAAAAAUAAAACAAAAUUUUGUGUGUAUAAAUUUGUCUUGUAUGAAGGAAUCAAAUCGCUCUGUUCUACUUCAAUUAUUCUGUUAGAGAUGGGAAUUGACGGCAAGAGGCUCUCGUGUUUCGGGGUGAAGAAGAGGAAGAAGGCGGCGGCGCCGAGCAUUCGACUUGGUUCGCCGCGGCCCAGCUGGGCGGCGACGCCGAAGCCUCAGCCGGCGCCCGUGGCCGAGGGCGGGAAGGGUCGGGGUGGGAGGAGGAUUGUGGUGGCGGUGGACGUGGAGGCGGAGGCGAAGGGCGCUAUGCAGUGGGCGCUGUCUCAUUCGCUCCACGACGACGACACCCUCGUCCUCGUCGCCGUCGUCAAGCCGCCGUCGAGAAGCAGUGAUCAGUCUGACCAUCACAAGGAGAGGAACUCAAGGUACCAGCUUCUCUAUGCCUUGCAAAGCAUAUGCCAUUCGAGAAGACCAGAGAUUCAAGUGGAGGUGUUGGUAGUGGAAGGGCGGGAGGCCGGACCGGCGAUUGUGGAGGCGGCGAGGAGGCAAACGGCUUCCCUUCUGGUGUUGGGGCAGAGGCAGAGGCAGAGGUGGAGGUCCAUGGCAUGGAGGUUGUUGGCAGUGUGGUGGAGUGAUGGCGGUGGUAGUAGUAGGGUUAGGUCAUCAGGUGGAGAUGUGGUGGAUUACUGCAUCCAAAAUGCCUCCUGCAUGACACUGGCAGUGAGGAAGAAGGGCAAAAGAGGGGGCUACUUGAUCACCACCAAGCACCACAAGAACUUUUGGCUCUUGGCUUAGAACAAAAUAGAACAUAUAUAUGAGUAAAUUUAAGUCCACUAUUUUACUACUUCUUCUUCAUCCUCUUCCUCUUCAGUCUUCAUCUUAAUUAAGAACUUUUCGGUAUGCCAUCUUGUUGUAUAUUGGUCUACAUUGUCUACGAUAGAAAUAUAUAUUGUUGGUGUACCGGAUUGGAGAUGAGCUCAACCUCUCCGUAAUGAAUCGAUGAUGGAUGAUCAGUUCGAUGGGGAUUAA